UUCUGUUUGAAUAUACCUAACUCAAAAUAAGCGCGAAAACACUCAACGCUUACAUCUUGCCAGUUGAGUUAACCACUAACAAAAAUUGAAUCAUAUUUAGCAAAAAAUCAAAAUUAUGGCAAGUUUAUUAGACCUUUGUGAACAAUACUUCGGUGCACGUGAUUUUUAUGAGGUCCUAAAAAUUCCAAGAACUGCCAAUGACAAACAAGUGAAAAAAGCAUAUCAUCAACUAUCUUUACUCGUACACCCGGAUCGUGUUGAGGAAGAUGUUAAGGCAGAGGCAACAGAGAAAUUUAAAGUACUUGGACGGAUUCAUUCAAUUCUCAGUGACAAUGAAAAACGCAAAAUUUAUGAUCAAUCCGGCGAGUACGAUGAAGAAAGUGAAGAGGUUAUGAUGAGAAAUUGGGCGGAUUAUUGGAGGUCUCUUUUCAAGAAAAUCACAGUGGAAGACAUCAAUAAUUAUGAGAAGAAUUACAAAGGAUCAGAAAUAGAGAUCAAAGACUUAAAGCGUGCUUAUAUGGAUAGCAAAGGAGACAUGGAUUACAUCUUAGAAACAGUUCCUUUUACCAGCUGUGAUGAUGAACCCAGGCUACAUGAUAUUAUUCAAGGUCUUAUAGAAAAAGGUGAAGUGCCAGAGUAUAAGGCCUUCACACAGGAGAAUGAUAAGAAAAAGCAACGUAGAAAGCCUGUUCUAUGUACGAGUGUUGGUGGAGUGCAAGGCGAGUGCAGGCAUGUGAUGAACGACGACAUGAUAGAGUACACCUGCGAGGGUGGACGACUUUCCGACUUGAACGAUCUUCCCGAGUCAACUGGAAAGAUUCGAAUCACUAACAUGCCAAUUUCAAGGAUAACUACGAACACUUUCUCCAGAUUCGGUCCAGACUUAUGGGUCCUUAGUUGUUCCCAAUGUCAGAUAAGGGACAUCGAUCCAGGUGCUUUCCAGCGAUUGAACAAUCUCCAGCAGCUAAGUCUAGACAAUAAUUACUUAACCACCGUCAGAGAAUCCUGGUUCAGCGGCCUGGAUUAUUUAACGUACUUGGACUUAAAUUACAAUUACAUAGAAUCCAUAGAGGAUGGGGUGUACAGGAAUCUACCCAGUCUGAUUGAUUUAAGACUAUCUGGUAAUCGAUUGGAAUGUUUAAAUCUGGAAGCUAUGACGAAUUUGAGAGACUUGAAGAGAAUAUUUCUCGGUGAAAACUCCGAAUUCAAGUGUCCCAAUGCCGUCAGCGCGUUCCUUGAAAGGCGUGGAGUGGUAUUUGACAGGGAUCCGGAAUGGAGUAAAAUUCCCAACGACUUGAUCCCAGCGAUACCAUUUGGCUACGAUAUCGAUGAGUAUACCACUCCGGAGCAAACCAUGGCAUUGCCUACCCAUCGCCAGAGACUACAUCCAACAUCAGCGACACCACCACCUCAGCCCAUGGAAUCCACAGCAACAUACGUACCACCAAAGUUCCAUACCACCGAAGAAGUAAUCUAUCGUCCAGUGUACACUCCAGAUUGGAGAACAACUCCAAGACCAACGACUGAAGUCUACGAAGAGAGGGAACACUUCAGUACGCCCAGCCCCUAUUACGAUGACGUAGCGAGGUCCUACGUUCCCCCAAGGACCAUCGCGCCAAUAGACACGUACGAAACAACAAAAUACGAAACUCAGGAUGCAACAACCUUAAGAUCUUGGCCGACAUUCCCGGAAUCCACCAGUGCCAGACCCGAAUACCCGCUUUAUCCACCCCAUGAGAACAAGGACAGUAACUACGAUGAGCAAUAUUAUUCGAGCGAAACGACUAACUCGUUCCCUUUGGCACCUAGCCCACCUGAUCGUCACGAAACACCGCCUUUCGUGGAAUCUGAUGCAGAGCGGACAACCGUCCCAUAUACGGAUUGGUACGACAGGAAUACCGUACCAUCGUAUCCACCUAUAUACAAUAGGCCACCGGAGUACCGCGUCCCACCGACAAGUGAAUCGCCUCCGACUCAUAUCGUCCAACCAUUGCCUCCUAUGUCGCCAGAAAUGGUGCAGCCAGCCUCGCCAGAUAACACGUUUCAAGCACCCUAUUACGAGCACACGAUUACCGUUCAUACUCCACCAUUGGUGGCCAAUCAACCGUCUCUGGAAGAAGUGACUCCAGUUAUGAUACCAAUUGAAACGACCACCGAUAAACCGUUGCCCAAUUGCCCGACCAGCAAUUUAUCUUCCUCGAGCCAGGGCUCCCUAGGGACGAUCCUCGUCUCCUUUCUUCUGAUCACGAUUGGUCGCAUCCUCGUGGAGGGAUUUUAGCUAAAAAAAAAAAACAA